UUAUCGUAUAAACAUUAAACACCGACAUUCGUGAUAGUGUGGAAGUGCUCCAAGUUUAUUAUUACAGAGAGUUCAUAAAUAUUUAUAGCAAUGUCCAAAAUUGUAGUAAAUAAUGAAUCGGAGGUCACCGAAAGACUCACAAGUGAAAUUUCUAAAUGCGCUAAACGAGCAAUAGAUGAGAGGGACGCCUUUCGCAUCGGACUUUCAGGUGGAUCCGUGUUAAAUUUCCUCUGUAAAGCUAUACCAAAAAUUCAAACCGAUUUAAGCAAGUGGAAAUUUUUCUUCUGUGACGAACGCUAUGUUGACGAAACACAUCCAGAAUCUACUUAUGGUGUCUACAAAACUAAGUUGGUACCGGAAACCAAUUUGAAAUUACAACAAUUCGUACCAAUUAAUAUUAGUUUGCCACUAAAUGAAUGCGCUGCUGAUUACGAGCGCAAGGUGAGGGAUGAAUUUGGCAUAAGCAACUCUGAAAUUCCCGAAUUUGAUUUGUUACUUCUUGGUAUGGGCCCUGAUGGACACACUUGCUCGUUAUUUCCCAAUCACGCAUUACUUCAAGAAAAAUCGCUUUUGAUCGCGCCUAUUGCAGAUUCACCCAAACCGCCGCCUAAGCGUGUCACAAUGACCUUGCCGCUUAUCAACAAUGCUAAGUGUUGUAUUUUUGCUAUGUGUGGCGCAAGUAAAGCUGAAAUGGUUAAACGAGUUUUCGUAGAUAAGGAGGACCUACCAGCAGGAAAAAUUUCGCCCAAAAAUGGUGAGCUGAUUCUAAUUCUCGACACGGAAGCGGGAAAAUAUUUAUAAUAACAUAUCUCCACCGUUAUUUGAAAAAUAUACUCCAAACAAUAUACGAAUAAAUACAUGGACUUGUUAGAAUGAAAUACUGUUUUAUUAGAA